AUGUGCGAGACAGGGAGCCAGUGGAGCCCGGUCAUCAAGUCCGGUGUCGAGACCACCUGUAAGUGUCACGGUGUGUCCGGCUCCUGCACCGUCCGUACCUGUUGGCGGCAGCUCCUGCCCUUCCACGAGAUCGGCAAGCUCCUGAAGCACAAGUACGAGGGCUCGCUGAAGAUCGGCAGCGCCAGAAACGAGGCCACGGGAGAGGGCGAGAUGGUGGCCUCCAGGAAGGCCACGGCCACGGCCACCGCCCUGCAGCACAGCCACAUACCCAGGACCAUCGACCUGGUCCACAUCGAUGACUCCCCCAGCUUCUGCCGCCCCAACAAGUACUCCCCCGGCACGGCUGCCCGCAAGUGCUACAAGGACAAGAACUGCGGCAGCAUCUGCUGUGGCCGCGGACACAACACCCAGAGUCGUGUGGUCACCCGGGCCUGUCAGUGCCAGGUGCGUUGGUGCUGCUACGUGGAGUGUAAGCAGUGCACACAGCGAGAGGAGAUCUACACCUGUAAAGUUUGAGCCAAAGCUACAGCAAGACAAACAC